CAAAUAUCUCAAUCUUCCCGCCAUUUCUCUGCAACUCCCAGAGUGGCAGCUUUUGAAACCCUAGAGAGAGAGAGAGAGAGAGAGAGAGAGAGAGAGAACCAGAGCGCGCAACAUGGAAGGCCAAAUCAAAGAGGAGUUCAGCAGCAGCGGUUUCACUUUCGACGACGAAAAGGAAAUCCUAAGAAAAUGUGCUACAUUCUGCAUAAAUUUGAGUCUUUCGCCUUCCGAUCUCGUUACGAGCUGGGAAAUUUACUACCUCAACAGGCAAAUGAAUGGAACGGUGGUACGCGAUGUGGAAAUGGAUGGGUUUUUAGGGUAUUUGCAAGAACAGAAGAAAGUAGCCAUCGAUGAACCAGAGCCCAAUCUGCAUAUCUACUCAAGCAGAGAUGUGGACAUGAUUCUGAAUGAUGAGUAUGUAGAUAUAAAGGACGAGGUUCCUAGCACUCCACCAACCGAAUCUCAGAACCAUUACUCAGUGACGUCUGACUCAACACCACAAACAAUUGGGAGCGUUCCUUCUUCUGGAAAACCAUCAAGACUUGUAACUCCUUUUGGGCGACGAACAGACAAGUUUGUUGUGAAAUUCAGCAUCAAUAAUAAGCCAAAUAUAGAGAAUGGGGAGAAGGAAGGUAAUGAGAAUCCUGGGGAUGAUGAAUUCAUCAGGAAGGUUAAACCUGGAAAGUGGUGUUCUUUAGUAAUCCAUGGUUCAGGACCUGAAACAGGUUGUAGGUUUAUGUACGAUAGAAUUGAAGAUAGGUUUAACGCACUUGAAAACCGAAUUAGAAAGUAUGCAACUGCAUUAGUUUCAUCUGGCCAGUAUGAGGAACCGCUGGACCCUACAGUUUCGUCUCAGAAAAUUAUGUUUACUGCUGGCAUGAUCUGUUGUGACGGAGAGGGCCAUUUGAACGACAAAUCCACCUUGUUGCAGUGCAGUGCAGAGCAUUCUGGAGGCCAACGUGUUCGUAUGGAAUUACAACAUUUGAGCCAAUUUUCAAUCUUUCCAGGCCAGGUAGUAGGUUUUGAAGGGACCAAUCCUAGUGGACACUGCUUCAUUGCUUCAAAAUUGAUAGAUUCAGUCCCUUUACCUGUUGCUGCUGAUGGAAACUUGCCUCCUGCUAAAAAGCAAGCUUUGGAUCAGGAGAUUUUGCCAACUGAUCAGUCCAUUAAACAACCAGAGCUAUCAGUGAUCAUCGCAUCAGGUCCUUUUACCACAACAGACAACUUAUUGUUUGAGCCUCUGAAAGAGCUUCUAGCAUAUGCAAGCAAAAAACUGCCUCAGUUGCUUAUAUUGCUAGGACCAUUCAUUGAUUCUGAACAUCCAGAAAUUAAGAAAGGAACGGUCGACAGGAGCUUUGAUGAAAUAUUCCAAACUGAGAUUCUUAGAAAGUUGCAAGAUCAUGUUGAAUACAUGGGUUCGCAUGCACGAGUUGUUCUUGUACCAUCUAUACGGGAUGCUAACCAUGAUUUUGUUUUCCCUCAGCCUGCCUUUGAUAUUCAUCCACCUGACCUUAAGCAUCAGAUAACCAGUCUCACAAAUCCAGGGAUUUUUGAGGCAGAUGAGGUCAAGAUAGGUUGCUGCUCUGUGGAUGUUCUCAAACACCUUAGUGCAGAGGAGAUGUCGCGCAUUCCAAAGGGUGGAAAACCCAGUGACCGGUUGAGUAGACUUGCAAACCAUAUAAUUAGCCAACGCAGCUUUUAUCCUCUGUAUCCACCAGCAGAAGACACUCCAUUGGAUUUUUCGCUUGCUCCCGAAGCUCUAAACAUCUCAUUGAUCCCAGAUAUUCUCAUCUUACCCUCUGACAUGAAGUAUUUUGUGAAGGUACUGAAUCUAGGCGAAAGAGGUGAAGAGAAAGAGCAGGUUAAAUGCAUUUGUGUCAAUCCGGGAAGACUUGCCAAGGGAGAAGGAGGAGGUACUUUCGUCGAGCUUGACUACUACGGUAAUCCUGACACAACGAACGCUUCGAUUAUAAGCAUAUAAACAUCGGAUUUAAGUUAAAUUUGUUGUAACUUGUACUCAAUUUGCAGUAAGUUUCAAAAAGCUCAAUAGGCUAGGGUCGAUUGCACGUCAUUUUAUGUGCUUUGUAACGACUGAUGGUGAUAAAUUUAUGGUGCAUUUCAUGCAAUUAUUAGUCACACUCUGUGGUAGGCUCCCCAAGGAAGAAUCAAACUCAUGCGCAGAGAGUCGAUGUAAGACCCUGAUAGGAAGUUUGGACCCUUCUCCAUAAAUGACAACCAAUUAGUGAAGAAGACCAGCCUGUCUAAUGUAACAGGGAUUCCAUUCCGUGCGCUGAUGGUAUUCUAAACUAAUCACGCAUUAUCAUAUAAGAAAUUUAAAAGCAUUAUUGUCUCUUA